UUCCUGGACUUCUGGAACCUCAGUAUACUUGUAAGGAUAAAUCUGUUUUGGGCUCUGGAAAGGUUUCAGUAGAUGUCCAUACCACUCAGAUGGGAUACAUGCAAGGCGAAGCUCUCGUGGUCACAGUUGAAAUCAACAACAACUCGAGUCGCACAGUGAAGCCCAAAUUCAAACUGUAUCAGAAACACAGUUUCUUCGCCCAGGGCAACAGGACAGUUUACACACACGGCAUCCUUAAGGAUAAGGCUGAGGCUGUUGAAGCAUCUUCUGGCAGAAAAACUGUGACCAAGGUGAUCACCAUCCCUAGAGACCUACCCCCCUCCAUCUUGAACAGCCACAUCAUCAACCUGGAGUACAUGCUGAAGGUCCAACUGAAAAUCAAAUGUUCCAUUGAUCCAAAGCUCAAACUUCCUAUAGUUAUCAUGCCUGCAGUUGUGAAACAACCACAUGCUUCUGCUGGCAUUGGAUUUGACACUUUUAGGAACCCAGAAAAUCCAGCCUGGGGAACUGCACCCCAGCAAACACCACCCCAGUGUGGAGAUCUUCCACCUCCCUAUGGAGCACAUGCGACGUACCCCACUAUCACUCUCAAUGAUGAUGGCAUUGAGAUGUUUACUUUUUGAACUGUGUGGAUCAAAGUGUAGGGAGUACCUUCUAACA